CGUCGCCGUCCGCCCCGCAUUCUGGAGCCCAGCAGCAGCAGGAGCAUCAGCAGGACACGAGCUGCGGUGCUUGAGCCUCAUCUCGCAAGGAGGAGAUCCCCUAAUCCGGAGUAACAGAAGACAACUCCCCCCUCCCGCCUCUACACUUACGCACACAGCCAUGGCAGACAACGCCGGCUUGGAAAACCACCGCAUCAAGAGCUUUAAGAACAAGGGGCGCGAUGUCGAGACUAUGCGAAGGCAUCGGAAUGAGGUGACAGUGGAGUUGAGAAAGAACAAACGAGACGAACACCUACUGAAGAAGAGAAACGUCCCACAGGAGGAGAGUCUGGAGGACUCUGACGUGGACUCCGAUUUCAAAGGGCAAAAUGUGACGCUUGAUGCCAUCUUACAGAAUGCCACCAGUGACAAUGCAGUCAUCCAGCUCAGCGCUGUCCAGGCAGCUAGGAAAUUGCUCUCCAGCGACAGAAACCCCCCCAUCGAUGACUUGAUAAAGUCUGGCAUCCUGCCUAUUUUAGUCAAUUGCCUGGAAAGAGAUGACAACCCCUCUCUUCAGUUCGAGGCAGCUUGGGCCCUGACCAACAUUGCCUCCGGGACGUCAGCGCAGACUCAAGCUGUGGUUAAAUCCAAUGCAGUGCCGUUGUUCUUGCGACUGCUCCGCUCUCAUCAUCAGAACGUAUGUGAACAAGCUGUUUGGGCUCUGGGAAACAUUAUAGGUGAUGGGCCACAAUGCCGGGACUAUGUCAUCUCCCUGGGUGUGGUCAAGCCACUGCUGUCUUUCAUUGACCCUUCCAUCCCCAUCACCUUUCUGCGCAACGUCACGUGGGUCAUCGUCAACCUCUGCCGCAAUAAGGACCCGCCCCCUCCCAUGGAGACGGUGCAAGAGAUUUUGCCUGCCCUCUGUGUGCUAAUCCAUCACACAGAUAUAAAUAUCCUCGUUGACACAGUUUGGGCAUUGUCCUACCUAACGGACGGUGGAAAUGAGCAGAUCCAGAUGGUCAUUGACUCUGGUGUGGUUCCACUUCUUGUGCCUCUCCUCAGCCACCAGGAGGUGAAAGUGCAGACGGCGGCUCUGCGGGCAGUGGGAAACAUCGUAACUGGCACUGACGAGCAAACGCAAGUUGUCCUCAACUGCGAGGUCCUGAGAUAUUUCCCGAACUUGCUCACACACCCGAAAGAAAAAAUCAAUAAGGAAGCUGUGUGGUUCCUGUCCAACAUUACAGCUGGGAACCAGCAGCAGGUGCAAGCUGUGAUUGAUGCUGGACUCAUCCCCAUGAUCAUUCACCAACUGGCCAAGGGGGACUUUGGCACUCAGAAGGAGGCAGCGUGGGCCAUCAGCAACCUCACCAUCAGUGGAAGGAAAGACCAGGUGGAGUACCUGGUGGAGAAGAACGUCAUCCCUCCAUUCUGUAACCUGAUGCUGGUGAAGGACCCCCAGGUCGUGCAGGUCGUCCUGGACGGCCUCAAGAACAUUCUCAUCAUGGCAGGCGACGAAGCCAGCAGCAUCGCCGAGAUCAUCGAGGAGUGCGGGGGUUUGGAGAAGAUUGAAAACUUGCAGCAACAUGAAAACGAAGACAUCUACAAACUCGCCUUUGAGAUUAUUGAUCAGUACUUUUCAGGAGAUGACAUCGAUGAAGAUUCCAGCUUGAUCCCAGAGAGCACUCAAGGAGGAACCUUCAACUUUGACCCCGCUUCCAACAUGCAAACAAAGGAGUUUAAUUUCUAAGG